CCUUCUUCCUGGUUGGUAGGCUGCUUUAGGGUGGUCUGGCCGAACAAGACUCGAGAAGAAAGAGAGAAAGGCUUUCGAAGAUGUCCGUUGACACUGAAACACCAAAAGUCGUUCCUAGCAGUGAGAAUGAUUUGUCAUCAACAUCUGCAAGUGGUUUGACCUGGAAGGACACUCUAAUCAGCUUCCGACAGCAAGCAUCAAUAUAUGGUGUAGCUGCUGGCUAUUGUGUUUCUGCAUCCCUCCUGUCCAUAAUCAACAAAUGGGCAGUCAUGAAGUUUCCCUACCCAGGUGCUUUGACAGCCUUACAAUACUUAACCAGUGCAUUUGGUGUUCUGGUUUGUGGGUGGUUAAGGCUUGUGGAUCAUGACAGUCUUGACCUCAUUACCAUGUGGAAGUUCUUACCAGCCGCAGUCAUCUUUUACCUGUCCCUCUUCACAAACAGUGAGCUCCUCCUCCAUGCCAAUGUGGACACUUUUAUCGUCUUCCGUUCUGCCGUUCCUGUGUUCGUGGCUGUUGGAGAGACUGUCUUCCUUAACCAGCCAUGGCCUUCACCCAGGACAUGGAUUUCCUUGGCAACUAUCUUCGGCGGCAGUGUCAUCUAUGUUCUCACAGACUACCAGUUCACAAUUACUGCCUACGCUUGGGCUGUGGCGUAUCUGGUGAGCAUGUCGAUAGAUUUUGUGUACAUAAAGCAUGUUGUCAUGACCAUUGGGCUCAACACAUGGGGCUUGGUGUUGUACAACAAUUUGGAGGCUUUGAUGCUCUUCCCCUUGGAGUUACUCAUAAUGGGAGAGCUGAAGAAGAUUAAGCAUGACAUCUCUGACGAAUCGAACUGGUAUUCUUUCAGUGUGGUUUUGCCGGUGGCUGUGUCAUGCUUGUUUGGCUUGGCAAUAUCCUUCUUCGGAUUCUCCUGCAGAAGGGCAAUCUCUGCGACAGGUUUCACGGUGCUUGGCAUAGUGAACAAGCUCCUCACUGUCGUGAUAAAUCUGGUGAUAUGGGACAAGCAUUCCACCCUGAUCGGCACGAUAGGUCUGCUGAUAUGCAUGUUUGGAGGUGUCCUCUACCAGCAGUCCACUACCAAGCCUAAGAAGGCAGAGACUGAGCCCAAGUCUCAUAUCAGAGACGAGGAGCAGCAACAGUUGUUGGAGAUGCAAGCUCCUGCAGAAACUGAUUCAACCAGGCAGCAUAUUGUCUCAGUAGAUACAAAAUAAGAUUUUUUUACUAUUCAUUGAAAUCAUGUGGGAAUUCUCUCACUUUCAACUUUCAACGGCUAGCUUGCCAUAAUAGAGUUACCGAGAAAGUUGCUUGCAGAUGUAGUACAUCAGUUGAAGCAGCAUAUCGACAAAGUUUGGGGCUGUGCUCUCAUCCAAAGUCAGAAAUUGAUUGACAUAAUAUGAGAAUAUAUUUUAGCUGAGCUAAAUGUUUGUGGACACCCUCAAUUUGGUUGACUAUAAUUGGUUCAUUGAAUGGUACACCAAUGGCAGCAAGCCAUCGAUUCCAGCUGUCGGUAUUUUGAUCA